AUGGGAAAAUCUCUCAUUCUCAUUUCUCUAUUGCUCUUAGGAGCUUCAGCUUUUUUCCUUAAAACUGAGAAAAUCCAUGAAGCAGCAACUCCUUUUGCUGAUGUCCUACCAAUUGAAGCAAUGCCAACAAACCUGUUCUGGGGUAACAUCUCAGGAGUUAAUUAUUUAACCGUGUCCAGAAAUCAGCAUAUCCCUGUAUACUGUGGGUCAUGCUGGGCAUUUGCAGCUACUUCAGCCCUAUCAGACAGAUUUAAGAUUUUAAGAAAUGCUUCAUGGCCAGAUAUUAAUUUGGCUCCACAAGUUUUCUUAAACUGCGAUUUUAAUGAUCAAGCUUGUGAUGGAGGAGACUCAAUCAAUGUUUAUGCUUACAUUUAUGCUAACGGCACUACAGAUGAAACUUGCCAAGUUUACAAAGCAAGAGGCUGGACCAACGGUGAAACCUGCGGCCAUUUCCAGCCAUGCUACACUUGCCAACCAAAUGGAAGAUGUGGAGUCCCUGCAACUUACCUUAAAUACAAUGUCACUGCAUUUGGAAAUGUUACGGUUGCUAACCAAGCUCAAAAUGUCCAGCUUAUGAUGAGUGCUUUACAACAAGGUCCAAUUGCCUGUGCCAUUGAUGCCACUGCUGAGUUCCAUAACUAUACAGGAGGAAUUUUCUGGGAUAAAACUGGAGCUAAUAACUUAAACCAUGAAAUUGAGAUUGUAGGAUAUGGUGUAGACCCUACAGGAACCCAAUAUUGGAUUGGAAGAAACUCCUGGGGAACUUAUUGGGGAGAAGGUGGAUUUUUCAAAGUGGUUAAAGGAAUUAAUAACAUUGGGAUUGAAAGUGACUGUGUCUAUGCCACUCCUGACCCAAAUAUUGCUGUUUUUAAUAGCACUCAAACUGCUGUAAAAGAAGAAGUCAAGCCUUAUGUCCAGAAUCAAGUUGAAGAAGCUCUUGAAAGACCAAGAAAAUAUGGAAGAGUUAGAAGAAUCAGCAGAGAGAGAGUGUACAAUAAAUUAGAUUAUUCUGAUUUUUUUCAUUAAUCAUUUUCUAUUUAUAUAUUAUUUUAUUUAUUUUAUAAUAAUACCCUCAUAGAAAAUUUUACUGUAAUUACCAGCCCACCAUCAUGGGAAACUGUUGAUGCAGCUACCCUCCCUAAAGCUUGGGAUUGGAGAAACGUCAGCGGAGUAAAUUAUUUGUCCUGGAAUAGAAAUCAGCAUAUUCCUCAAUAUUGUGGGUCUUGCUGGGCUCACGGGCCUACAUCUGCACUAGCUGACAGAAUUGCAAUUUUAAGAAAUAACACUUUCCCACAGAUCAGCUUAGCCCCUCAAGUUCUAAUUAACUGCAAUGCAGGUGGAAAUUGCAAUGGAGGUGAUCCAAUUGGAGUCUACAAGUAUGGACAUACUCAUGGAAUUCCAGAUGAUACCAGCCAACAAUAUGUAGCAGAAAACCCUGCAAAGUUUAGCUGCUCUGGAACUCAAAUUAGUAUGGACUGCGUCCCUCCAGCACCUCCAGCAGGUGUAGAAACAGGCAACUGUUCAGCUGUUACUAACGAAAAGCUCUGGUACGUCGGAGACUAUGGCAAUGUCGCUGGGCCUAAUAAAAUGAAAGCUGAAAUCUAUAAGAAUUAUACAUAAAAUGGUGCUGCAGAUUCAACCCACACUCUUAGUUCCUGUUUAGUAUUGUGCCAAAAUUAGUUAUCUUGAAGAAGAAAGGAUGUGCGUCUAUUAGAUUUUAUAGGUGUAGGAUGGAGCAGUAUGUUAACUGAUUAGCCCAAGUAUAUCCUGGGGAUGGCUUUUCCUAUUGAGGAAACUGGACACGAAGCUGGAAAGGGUUUUUCCCAGAGUUCACAAGAUGCUUCUUGGCUAAACAGGAAAACUUAUCUAGAGCAAUAAUAGACCUUUCACCAUGCCCAUUUUAUCUUAAGCUAAUCAGAUAUUUGAUAGUUUGCUAUUUCUAUGGAAGGCGACCUAUCUGAUGCCAGCAAGGUGAUAUAAUAAUAUAACUUCUGAGAAGUGAGAGCAAGCCCUAAUCGGAAGCAGCAAUACAGUGGAAAAAUUUGUGCAGACUAGCGAAAAGAAGUGAAACGUUAUCAAAGUCCUUUUGUGCCUAGCUGUGACCAUCUCAAUAAUAUUAAAAAUCAUAGGCAAUAUCUAUAAGAAUGGGCCUAUUGGAUGUGGAAUUGAUGCUACGUCUAAAUUUGAAGCUUACACUGGUGGAAUUUACUCUCAGUGGUUACUUUUACCUCAAAUUAAUCAUGAAAUUUCUGUAGUCGGAUGGGGAGUUGCUCCAGAUGGCACUGAAUACUGGAUUGGAAGAAACUCUUGGGGAACUGCUUGGGGUGAGAACGGAUUCUUCAAAAUGAAGAUGUACAGCGACAACCUCGGCAUUGAAACUGACUGCGAUUGGGGUAUCCCAGACUUAACUAGAUAA